UUAUUUACCUACCAAAGGAAAGUUGGUUUUGUUUUUGAAAUUAGUCAGGAUUGCAAUGGUUGCUUUAAAUAAGUUUUUUUUUAAAUUUGAAGUUUUUAGUAAUACUUCCUAAAAUGAAUAAAUGUGGAACAGACCCUAAAGUUAAGAAGUCCUUAGUGAGGAAUUUCGAACAGAAAGUGAAACCGGCACGAAAACAAGUAGUUCAUGAUGUGACUAUGGCCAGCUCAUCUAAUAAUGGAAUAAGUCCAAAGAAUGCCCAAGUUGAGAAAGAACUGAGUCAACCCACACUUUGUUCUAGCGAAGCCUUAGCUAAUUAUCUGAGCGAUGUCAAGAAAUCACUUCCCCCGUCGGAGGAAAACGUUCGUGUUGACAAAGGUCAAUUUAGUUCUAAAAUAACAAAAAAACUGAAUUUCCAUUUCAAUGAUCGAAUUUAUAAAAACUUAAUUGAAUUAAAUGCAAAUGUUGAAGAAACUAAAAGUCGGAAAAGUGGUAGAAGACCUUCAAGUGGACUAAGCCACAGCAAACGAGACCUUGAACCAAACAUAGAAGAUUUCUUUGAAGAUGAAAAAGAAAUAGAUUCACCUCCUAACAUUCCUGUCAUGAAACCAAAAUACAAACCUGUAAAAUAUAUUGAGAAUGGAGACUUGCAUAAACUGGUUGCGUCCUUUGAAGAUUUAUGACAUUUGAUGCUAUUAAAAAU